AUGAACCUGCAACAAACCCGCAAAAGAUCAGCCUCAGCUAUGUCCAUGAGCGACAGCCAAGACAGCCAUAAACCCCAUUUGCCUAAAGACUCCAUCAAUCCGCUCAGCCAUACUCCCUCAGUUCUCACCCAACUCCGUCUCGCGGGACUGGCAGAUGCAGACCAGCCACCCUCCUUUGAACAGUCCAAAUUCCCGCACCGCGCGUGGCGUGACGCGAACGCAUCAACCAGGCGAGGGCCUGCCACGGCAGUGAAGCCUCUAGAGAGCGACAGCGACGAGCAGGAUGACCAGCAAGACGAUGGCAGCGGCUUGAGGCGCCGUUCGCGGAAAAAAGACGGCGAGAAAAAAACCAAAUACGCGUCGGAGAAAUCCCAUUUCAGGCCCCUCGUCAGAGCCAUUUACGGUUUCCUGGACAAUGGGGACGUCCCCAACGCAAAGCGCGCCUUCGGCAUCCUCACUAGAUCGCAUGUUUACGGCAAACCGGUCGACCUCAGACGAAACAACUACUGGGCACUAGGCGCCGAGAUACUCAUGCGCGAAGGCGGCGGCGUGGCUGCACACAGCCAAGAGGCCGAGGCCGAGGCGUACCCUGCGGAGAACAUUCCCCGCGUGCGUGAGUAUUUCCAAGACCUCAUUCAGCGGUACCCGUACAACUUCAAGUGGCGCAAGGCUAUCUCGGCCGUCGACUUCUGGCCGGCUCUUUUAAGCUACGAGGUGUACCAGUUACACGUGCGGCAGACUGCGUCGCUCCGCCGGCUGGAACACGAGGCUGAGGACUGGGAAGAUGAUUCUUUCCAGGAAAAUUCUGUAGGCAGUGGUCACGACGGGCUGACGAUGGACGAUUCCGAGCUCGUCGCCGAAGGUCCAGCCUGGCAUUCUCAUGCUCGGGACAGGCGGCUACGCCAGGCGAAGGACCAGAUCAGGCUACGAGCACUGGACGGCCUGCGGGAGGUGGCUGGACGUAUGGACGACCUGCUCGAGGAUCGGCCUUAUUCGACCAACCCAGAGCUUCUAAGAUUGAGGGGAAUGGUGUCGUUGUAUAUCGGCGACUUGCUCAUCCCUGCGUACACUGAGAAGGAGGGCCAGGUCGAGGAGGCCACGGCACGACGCGGCGCAGAGAACAACAACGCACGAAACAGCUUUCAGAGGAUGAUGGAACAUGGAGGUCGACCGGACACUCUUAUUCAGCAGAUACUGGCACCUGCCGGGGAGGGCCAUCUUCCAAUAUUGCCACUGUUUUCCUCGCUGCCCAUCAGAGAGUAUGGAACAGCGAGCUAG